AUGUCGGACGAUGAGGUGCGUUUGUGAUCCGAAGGGAACAGCACGAUGCGGGGUUGGGGCUAGGCAGCUGACGAUCUGCAACUGAUUGACCACGCAUACACGCAGUUCCUGAUGGAUGAUGCGGCGGAUGAGGAUUACGAUUUUGAUUACGAGGAGGACGACGGGGAUGCGGGAGAUGCUGACAUCGAGAAUCUGUACUACAACGCCAAAGGUGAGAGACAUUCCUCUCUUUGUCAGUGGCUAUGAGCAGAAGUCGCUAAGUUUGCGGACUUAUCGCCCACAGGCAAGAAGGAGGACGACCCAGAAGGCGCUUUGGCAGACUUUCGAAAGGUCGUAGAACAGGAAGGCACGCCUGGCGACUGGUGCGUGCAGUGCUCGAUUGCAUGCUCGCCGAUCACGGUCUGCUCACAAACUAUCUGCUCUACGUCUCAGGGGCUUCAAAGCGUUGAAGCAGUCUACUAAGCUGAAUUUCAGGCGAGGAAAGCAUGCGAAUGCGCUCAAAACGUACGAAGAGCUGCUGGGCUACACCAGAUCAGCGGUAACAAGGAAUUACUCGUAGGUGAUGCGUGCUUUGAUCCUACGUCGUCUGUGCAGCGCAGUCGCUCAACUCUUUUGACGCUACUCCCCAACAGCGAGAAGAGUAUCAACAACAUCUUGGACUACGUCUCUGCUGCUGCGGGAGAAGGUCAUGGCUCAGCUAUCUCUCACAGCAACGAGGGGUCAACGCUGGACCUGGCUACCAUGGAACGCUUCUACAGUACCACGAAGACCGCACUAGAGAGCGCAAAGAACGAGCGACUGAGCAUCAAAACGGACCUGAAAUUGGCCCGACUGUGGCUCGCGAGGAAGGAAUGGGGCAGACUUGCAAAGGUGUGUAAGCCUCGAACCGCAGAAGCUCGACUAGAGAUAACUGCGGCACCUGACACACAGUGAUAUUGCCCCCAUGGUAGAUUCUCAAAGAUCUACGAGCUCACUGUGAAGAGCAAUCUGGCGAAGGCGACGGUAGCAGAGCAACUGUGUUGCUGGAAGUCUUCUCGCUAGAAAUUUUGAUGUACGACGAGAUGCGCGAUUUCAAGAAGCUCAAGGAGACGUACGAUGCGACGUUGAGCGUGCGCAGUGCUAUUCCACAUCCCAGAAUCAUGGGCGUCAUUCGAGAAUGCGGUGGCAAGAUGCACAUGGCCGAGAGUGAGUGCUCAGAGUCAUUGACUGGCAGACCUGGAGUGUCACUCAGACAAGGCAUGUUUGGCACAUCUCCCUACCUUUAAUAGAGCGCUGGAAAGAUGCGCAGAUGGACUUCUUCCAGUCAUUCUUGUCGUACGAUGAGGCUGGUAGCCCUCAGCGCAUAACCGUUCUCAAAUACCUGGUUCUCGCGCACAUGCUCAUGGGGUCAGACAUCAAUCCGUUCGACAGUCAGGAAACCAAGCCGUAAGUGACGACUCGAUCUUAUAGGCCUAGGCGAUGGCCUGCGCUGGCAUUGAGAGCUCGGAGCCCGCGCACGCAGAUACAAGAACGACCCUCAAAUUGUCGCCAUGACCAAUUUGGUGGCUGCUUACCAGCGCAGAGAAGUGCAUGAAGCAGAAAAGAUUUUGAGAGGUGCGUCGACACAUGAUCUGCUUAGAGCGCGCCGACGUGGCUGACACAUAUCAAGACCCUUUCAGAGAAUCGAGCCACCAUCAUGGACGAUCCUUUCAUCAGAGCUCAUAUCGACGAAGUGCUCAAGGGUCUGCGAACCCAGUACCUCAUCGACUUGAUCCAAUCGUAUACGCGUGUGGAGCUUAGUUUCCUAGCGAGGGUGAGUUGCAGGAUUUUCGUCUCACUCUGCACAAUCUCAUCGCAUCCGCUGCCCCUCUUGACUGCAGCAUCUGAACAUCACCACCGCGGCAGUCGAAGAGCUGCUCAUGGUACUCAUUCUAGAUGGUCGCAUUGCAGGACGCAUAGAUGCAGUGCAAUCCAGGCUCAUCAUCCAUCCCAAGAAUGAUGCUGGGGCAGCAGGAGGCAAGACGCUGGCUAGCAAGCGGUACGACGCUUUGCACAAGUGGGUGCAGGAAAUCGAUAGGCUUGGAGAGUGCAUCGAGGAGAAGCAUGCCAUGCAUGGUUCGGGACCCGGUGCAGGCAUGGCACAGCCGAUGGGCGGCAUGAGCGGUCUGGGUCGAGCUUGGGCUCAACAGAUGUGA